CCUCAGGCUUAAGGAGAGGAGUUGAGAGUUAGAUCGCCCCGACCGUCCUGCUGUGCUCUGCUCCGCUCUCCUGCUCUGAACACACAGACUGUUGAAGAUGAGGCUGUGGAUCGCUCUGGUCCUGUGCUUUGCCUCUCAGGCUCUGGCUGCUCCGAUGGAGGAGGAGCUGAUCGUGGAGGAGCCGGCCCCCGAGGAAACCGUGGUGGAGGAGUUUGUGAUGGAGGAGCCGGAGGUGGGGGCUAACCCAGUGCAGGUGGAGGUGGGAGAGUUUGACGAGGCCAUUGACCCCGAGGAGGAGGUGGUGGAGGACACUCUGGACAACCCCUGCCUGAACCAUCACUGUAAGAAGGGAAAAGUGUGUGAGGUGGAUGAAUCAAACACACCCAUGUGUGUGUGCCAGGACCCCUCCACCUGCCCCCCCGCCGAGGGAGAGUUUGAACACGUUUGUGGAACUGACAAUAAGACCUAUGACACGUCCUGCCACUUCUUUGCCACAAAGUGCACUCUGGAGGGAACCAAGAAGGGACACAAGCUGCACCUGGACUACAUCGGACCCUGCAAAUACAUCGAGCCAUGUGUGGACUCUGAGCUCAGUGAGUUUCCUCUGAGGAUGAGAGACUGGCUCAAGAACGUCCUGGUGACUCUGUACGAGAGAGACGAGGAGAACAACCUGCUCACUGAGAAGCAGAAACUCAGGGUGAAGAAGAUCUAUGAGAAUGAGAAGCGUCUGCAGGCUGGAGACCACUCUCUGGACCUUCUUGCUCAUGACUUCCAGAAGAACUACAACAUGUACAUCUUCCCUGUGCACUGGCAGUUUGGACAGCUCGACCAGCACCCAGCUGAUGGAUACCUGACCCACACAGAGCUGUCUCCUCUCCGUGCUCCUCUCAUUCCCAUGGAGCACUGCACCACCAGGUUCUUUGAGGAGUGUGACUCUGACCAGGACAAAUACAUCGCUCUGGAGGAGUGGGCCGCCUGCUUCGGAAUCAAAGACCAGGACGUUGACAAAGACCUCAUCAUCUAAACUCCUGAUGAUGCAGCCCCGAAAAGAACCGAGCGUUCUCCAACUAAACUAAAAAUCAAAAAUCAAGGUGCUAUGUGCAAAUUCACUUUCAUUUUAAUUGUAUUUUUUUUUUUUUUUUUUUGCUUUUAUAAUGAUUUCUUUCCUACCUAUACCACUAAAAAAACGAGAUUUUUCUAAAGUCAAACCUGCACACGUUUGUACUCACCCAACAGACCCUCAACACCUCUGAUGUAAAUGUCUUUGAAUUUUAAAUAUUAUGAAAAUGUAACUCACCAUUUGUUAAUUUAGGGCAAAAUUUGGGAAACAAUUUGAUAUUUUUUGAGACAAAGUUGUAAAAAAUAAAGUUUCUUAAUAAAUUC